AGCAUUGCUCAACGAAAUGUACAGGUCUGAAUUAUACAGAUUUUUAAUAUUAUCUAGUUUAAUUUUAUUAUUAAUUUCAUAAUUAAAAUUGUAGUGGACUAUUUUAUUUUCUUUUUGUAGUUUAAACUAAAAAUAGAUUAUUGAUUUAUGGGAAUACCUGAUUUAUUUAUAUGUUAUGUUACAAGUAAUCAAUAUUAUAAUUAUAAAUUUCUAAUAUGAUUUAAUUUGUUUAACAAUUUAUUAUGAACUUUAAUUUCAUAUUAUAUAACAAAUAUGUGUUUUUACAAUGUUAAAAUAUAUGUAUAUCAUAUGAACAUUAUUACAUAUAUUUAACAUUAAUAUUUAAGUAUGUUUAAAUGUAUUAUGAAUUGAAACUAAAAUGAAUUAUUUUUUAAACAUUUAAUUCAUAAAUUUUACUCAACUAUUUGUUCUCUAUAUAAUACAUAACAUAAAUAUCAUUUGUAUAAUGUGAUGAUUCAAUGCAACAAUAGAUUUUUCUUGAUUAAAAUUUUUAAAAUUUAAAUAAAUUAUUAAAUGAUUAUUUAACAAUAUUUUUACUUUUAACAUAUAUGAAUAAUGGAGAUUUUUCCAUUUAUACUGAACUGGUAUUGUUAUCCCCUCCACGAAAUAUUAAGAACAUAUAGAUUCGCUAUCUCAUUGAACGUAGUGCUUUAUAAUGUUAACCGGUAUUCGGAUUUAUGAUAAAUUAUUAUUAUGACAGCAUAUAUUUUUAAAUGUGGCAUUUUUUAAAAGAUAUAAUUAACUUCGUGAAAAUAAUUGUGAAGUUUAAAAAAAGAAUACAUAGAAUAUUAAGACACCUAACUAUAUAAUAUUAAAUGGAAUAUGGAUACUAAUUUAUAUGAAAAAAAUGAGAAAAAAAUGCAAGCAGAUAUAUCUUUACAAGAUACUUUACAUAAAAAUCACAAUUUAGAAGUAUCUAAUUGUCAUUAUAUGGUUAAUGAUGAGUUGACAUAUAUACAAGCAAGAGAAAAGAAAAUACAUAUGGAUACAACAAGUAAUAUCAAGCCAAAGAAGAGAAUAACAAAAAUGAAGAUGAAGAAAUAUAAAAGUGAAGGAGAAUCAAGUUAUGAAUCAACAAAAUUAGAAGAUAGUUUAACUCAGGUAUUGGAAAAAUUUAAAAGAGGAUGCGAAUGUCAAGAUGAUCAGUGUUUUAAAGGUUUAAAUCCUGAAACAGUAUACCGUCACAGACUAAAUAUUGCAGAAUUAACCAAAGCUGAACAUGAUAUGUAUUUAAUGGGUGUUACUAUGGCUUGUUUAACCAAUCCUUAUGAAACAGCAAGACAUACAGAACGACGUAGAUUACGAGCACAAUAUGUAUAUCAGGGUAGAAGAGUUUGUUUAGAUGCUUUUUUAUAUUUAGAAAACUGUACACAUUAUCAAAUAAAACGAAUUAGGAAACAUUUAAUGACCCAUGGUGUCACUCCACGAGUUCAUGGAAAUCAUGGAAAAAUUCCACAUAAUACAUUUUCAUUAGAUAUUUACAAAAUUGCUACAGAAUUUUUAAAAAAUUUUAUUGAAUUACAAGAAACAAAACAAAAGACUAAAGUUGCAAAAAAUGCACAAUUACAUCUUCCCUCAGACAUUACACGUAAAGUAGUAUAUGAUUCCUAUAUACAAUAUUGUAGAAAAAUAUCUCCUGAUAUAAAAAUAAUGGGAUAUUCAACAUUUAGAAGAUUUAUGAAAGUUCAAUUUCCACAAGUAAAAUUUGCUAAAUUAGAAUUCAUGGUUAGAAAUCAAAAUAUGCAGAAUCAAGGAUGUAAUAAAGUUGAAUUGGACAAGAAAAAUGGAACUAAUGUUGGAACAUCUGAAUCAGCAGAACUAAUAACAGAGGGCAGUGCCUUAUUACCAUUAUUAAUUGCUAGUGAAACAGGACAAAGUGAUACUUAUUUUUUAACACCAAUUAGCAAAUUACAAGAUGGUAUGAGUUAUCAAAUAACUACAAGUGGAUUUCUAGUCAAUAAAUCACCAUUAUCUGUCUAAAAUAAAUAAUAUUUAAAAAAAGUCACUUAUAAGUACAAUCAUAAAUGUAUGAGAAAAAAUAUACAUUUAAAAAAUUAUUUAAAUAAUAUUUUAAUCAUUAGAUUUUAUACAAUAAUCUAUAGAUUAUGUAAUAAAAUAAAUAUAUUUUCUUCAUAUAUUUAUAUUGUCAUUAUUAAAAAUAUAUGAAGUAAAUUAUUGAGUGUUCAAAAAAUAGUAUAUUAAUAUUUGCAUUAAUUUAUGAAAAAUUAUUAUUAGUUAUUAAAUAUUUUAUAAGUUUAUUUUAUUAUUCAUAUUAUUAUUUUUCAAUAAAGAAAAUAAAUAUCAUACUUUUAUGUGAAAUUUUUCUAUGCAUAUAUAAAAAAAUAGUUGAAACUAAUAAUUAUAAUUUAUGUAAUUAUAUUAUAUAUUAUGCAAUUAUGUAAUUAUAUUAUAUAUAUACUUACAAUCUGUAAAACAGGUGUGUUAUAAAUAAUAGAAAUAAUAAAUGAUUUAUAUUUUUGCAA